GUGGCCUCUGUUUGCCACAGGUCGAACCCUCCUUCCUAGUGCGUAAUCUCUCAAGUGAUUAAUCUGUAAUGCUCAGUUUAUCUCGAAAUUAAUUAAAUUUUGUGUCCUAACUUGUGAAAAUAUUCGAGGAGUUAUUUAGAUCAGGUAUUCAAGCUAGUCCAGGUUCACUCCAGUCCAGGUCUUGCCUCAUCAUGAGAAGAAAACCAGGAAUAGGUGCAAUUCACAAGCAAAAGCUUGAGCAAGAAAAAUACAAAGACAAAGGAACAGAAAUUCAGGAGAAUCAGCUCGAGCAGAUGAGAAAUCAAAUGGAAAUAUUUCGAACAAAUCUCGAGGAUUUUGCAAGUAAACACAAGAACGAGAUUAAAAAGAACGCCCAAUUCCGUCGUCAAUUCACCGAGAUGUGUGCAUCCAUAGGAGUUGAUCCCCUGGCAUCAGGAAAAGGUUUCUGGUCUGUACUGGGUAUUGGUGAUUUUUAUUACGAGCUCGCUGUCCAGAUUGUCGAGGUCUGCAUGGCGACAAAUUACAAGAAUGGAGGAUUGAUCACCCUAGACGAGUUGAGAGAACGUUUGGUCCAGGCAAGAGGCAGGAGAAAGGAACAUCAGGACAUUACCAAUGAGGAUUUACUCGCAGCUGCUAAAAAACUCCGAAUAUUUGGAAAUGGUUUUACAGUUGUUCCAAUUGGAAGGGGAAAAUAUCUUGUCCAGUCAAUUCCUGGAGAGUUGAGUAUGGAUCACACGGCUGUACUGCAACAGGCCAGUGUCUCUGGAAAUGCUUAUACAUCGGUGGGACUUCUCCAGGGAGAAUUAAAGUGGGAAAUGGAUAGAGCUCAGAAGGCUCUGGAUCAUAUGGUGAAGAUGGGUCUGGCUUGGUUCGACGAUCAGGGAGAGGAGGGCAAUCUGUACUGGUUCCCCAGUUUGUUCACAGCUUGUGUGGACUCUUCAUCGUAAAAGUUAUUAUACCUGUGGUACACUGCACCCUGUGCUAUAAAUUGUGAUAAUCCUAACUCGACGUCGUCAUCUGCAAUCACCAUCGAAGCUGAAAUAGAUUGAAAAAAAAUUGUAAUAUCGGAAGACAACAUUGUUGGUGAGUUUGGCAGGUUUUUGAAGUACCUCUCCAUCAUUUGUGCUCUGCAGUGAGCCACCUGCUGACGACACAUAAGUAAUUCAUUGUUUAAUUGCUCGUUCUCCUUUUGCAACGAGUGGGCCUUGGUUUUAAGCUCCUUAAAUCGAAUCUGGAAUUUAUUUGCUAAGGACUGAGCCUCGUCCUUCCACCUGGACAUUAAAGUCGAAUAAUUUCAAGAGAAUGUAAUUAUUUAUCAAUAAUUCUGUGAUAUUAAAAGGGAUUUACUAACUUG